GAUUGCUUGCUAAUGGAGUCUGAACAAUCCAGCCAAGAAAAUCCAGACAACGUGAACCCAGAAGAGCAAAGUGCCAUCCAAGUUAGAUCCUAUGACUGCACCUUUUGCAAGAGAGGCUUCUCUAAUGCACAAGCCCUAGGAGGACACAUGAAUAUUCAUCGUAAACACAAAGCCAAGCUUAAACACCCCUCACCAAAUGAGGUUCCACAAUCCCCGGACAUACCCAAGAUUCUUGAUCCUUCGUUUUCCCCAAUUCCCACAAGCACGACACACCUAUUCAUGGAACCCAAAUCCAGCCAAGUCGCAAGCUCCAAUAACUGGCCUUGGUUUCUCGACAAAGAAAGUGAUGAUGCCUCUAAUACGAACAAAACCCAUGUUGGAGAAAUCCAGCAACUAUCCUUGUUUGUUGACAAACCAUCUCGUAAAGACCAUCAUCAUCAACAACAACAACUUAGCUGUGAUCAAGUUCAUGGCAGCACCGGAAAGGGCUUGUCAAGUUCAGAGCUAGACCUUGAACUUAGACUGGGUCCUGAACCUCAAGACUCAUCGCCGGCAACGGGUACAAAAAGGUUCUUUUGAUUGCAUAUUGUAUAAUUAUAUUAUAUUGUUCUUGCCCUAUUCAUCAUCUCCUAAUUUAUUUGAAUGCAUUAUGUAUGUAUAUUCAACCAAAAAAAUAAUAUAUACAGAAUAUGCACAUUCAGAAGAUCCUUAAUUAAUUGUAAUUUUUUCUUUACUAUUGUUCUUAACAUGGAAUUAGAUUAUUUUGGUGGUCUUAUUUGCUUGUAUUCUAAUGGUGGAUUUUCCUGUAUGGUAGGGAACAACAUCUCUUUAGAACAAGCUGCUAGGUUAAUUGUAAUUUGUACAUGGGUUUAUGCCGACUUGUUGCCUUCUAUGGAAGAAGACAUAAACAAAGUGUCAAAGACUAAUUCGUACA